UAUCUCUAUAUAUAUACAGAGAACCCUCCUUGAUCCUUAUUAGUUUGGUUCUUCUAGUUUCAGAGUCUCCAGACUUUUCCUUUUUCACAAAGGUUUGGAAUCGAAUUCUCUAGCUUAGAUUGUGUUUGUUUGAUCGGAAAAUAAUUUUAUUAACGAGAUGUUUGGGAGAGCACCGAAGAAGAGCGAUAACACUCGGUACUACGAGAUAUUGGGAGUGUCGAAGAACGCUUCCCAGGACGAUCUCAAAAAGGCUUACAAGAAAGCCGCCAUCAAGAACCAUCCUGACAAGGGUGGCGAUCCUGAGAAGUUCAAAGAGCUUGCCCAGGCGUAUGAGGUACUGAGCGACCCUGAGAAACGUGAGAUCUAUGACCAAUAUGGUGAAGAUGCACUUAAGGAGGGAAUGGGCGGUGGUGGCGGUGGCCAUGACCCAUUUGAUAUCUUCUCGUCUUUCUUCGGUGGGAGUCCAUUUGGAGGUGGUGGUAGCAGCAGAGGACGAAGGCAGCGACGUGGAGAAGAUGUGGUCCACCCAUUGAAGGUUACUUUGGAGGACCUUUACCUUGGAACAGCCAAGAAGCUUUCACUUUCUCGAAAUGUGAUCUGUUCAAAGUGCAAUGGCAAAGGGUCAAAGUCAGGAGCUUCAAUGAAGUGUGCUGGCUGUCAAGGAACUGGUAUGAAGGUCUCAAUUAGGCACCUUGGCCCCUCUAUGAUUCAGCAAAUGCAGCAUGCUUGCAAUGAGUGCAAGGGUACUGGAGAGACUAUCAGUGACAAAGACCGCUGCCCACAAUGCAAAGGGGAGAAGGUUGUACAGGAAAAGAAGGUUUUGGAAGUCAUUGUGGAGAAGGGCAUGCAGAAUGGGCAGAAGAUCACAUUCCCCGGUGAAGCAGAUGAAGCGCCUGAUACUGUCACUGGGGAUAUAGUCUUUGUCCUUCAACAAAAGGAACAUCCAAAGUUCAAGAGAAAGGGUGAUGACCUUUUUGUGGAGCACACCUUAUCCCUGACUGAAGCUCUUUGCGGCUUCCAGUUUGUAUUGACCCACUUGGAUGGCAGACCGCUUCUUAUUAAAACACACCCUGGGGAAGUUGUCAAGCCUGACUCAUUCAAGGCAAUAAAUGAUGAAGGGAUGCCAAUGUACCAGAGGCCAUUCAUGAAAGGGAAGCUGUACAUUCAUUUCACUGUGGAAUUCCCUGAUUCUCUGAGCCCUGAGCAGGUUACAGCACUGGAAGCUGUUUUGCCACCAAAAUCGUCGACCCAGCUGACAGACAUGGAGCUGGAUGAGUGUGAGGAGACCACACUACAUGAUGUCAACAUUGAAGAUGAGAUGAGAAGGAAGCAGCAUGCCCAGGCUGAGGCAUACGACGAAGAUGAAGAUAUGCAUGGUGGCGCACAGAGGGUGCAAUGUGCCCAGCAGUGAUGAUCCUUUAUUGGUUGGGGGAACUAGAAAUAUAGGUGCACACCUAGAACUGGGAAGUGUAGUGGAGGUGGAGAUUGGGAAGUAAGGAACGUUUGGUUGCGGGACAUACUUUGUGUUAUUAUUAAUUAGUGUGUGGUCUUUGCUAGUUUUUCCAAUGAUCCGGAGAGUUAGACCACUUUUGAAGCAGUUUCAUUAAUAUCUAAACCUUGAAAUCUCAAACUUUUCAAUAAUAUUACUCUCCUCUUAUAAAUCA